CUUAACUCGACAUUUUCUGCACGCCUUGAAUGAAACAAGCUCGUUAUCCAUGGCUCCUACAGUUCAAACCAUCGCACUUGUUGCGGUUGGUAAUCUUGGGAAAUACGUUUGUGAAGCACUCGUCGUCGAUCCUCGCUAUGACGUCGUUGUAAUCACCAGAAAGAAGCAAGACUGGUUUUUGCAACGAAAUAUUCAUACAGAAGAGAGCGAUUACAGUGAGAGCAGCAUCCGGGCCAUAUUGGAUGCAAGAGGAGCUUCCACUCUAGUCUCUUUCCUGCAAGCUGCUGACAAACUCUACCUGGACCUUCACCAGGCAUGGCUUACUGCUUGUCUGCAAUCGAAGAGCUGCAAGAGGUUUAUACCGUCAGAGUGGGCCGGGAAUGUCGACGAUUACCCGCAGCUUCCCAAGUUUUACGCCGAAAGCAGGCUUCCAUUCCGCCGUAUACUCCAAGAAACAGUGGGCAUCGAGUGGACACUAUUCAACUGCGGUUGGCUCGUGGAUUACUUCCUUCCACAGCAUCUGACACGUAUGCCUGCGGAGCCAGAUACCGUUCCUAUCGAUGCCAAUGGGUGGCGCGCAUGUAUUCGGGGCUCUGGCGAUGAGUUGCAGUCUUGGACCUGGACCAAAGAUGUUGCAGCGGCUGUGGGUGAGCUUCUAGCUGCGCCGAGUUGGGAGUCGACGACGUACGUAACAGGCCAGUGGGGAACAUUCAAUGAUGUUGUCAGAUUGCUGGAAGCCCAUUACGGGCGCGAACUUGAAAAGACCUACAAGACGGUCGAGGAGAUAAUGGGGGCUGACGAUGACAAUCUGGACCUUUGGAUGAUUUCUGGCGGCGCCGCAUGCCCAAGGGAGAAGACGUUAAGUCAGCGAGAUCGGUACUUUAGCCGCAUCAACUUCGCUACAUUAGGCGAUCUGCUAAAGCGGCUCGAUUAGCAAUAUCGAGGAGCAAGGCUAGGUCUGCAGUAUUCAGCUGUCUGCAAGCGCUGGUAUUUGAUUUUCAUCAUCUCCAUACCAUAUGCCACUAAAUUUUGCAGGAUAGGCUAUGUGUGACCGCUAUGCUUUAAGGCGUACGCACUGUUUCUAGAUUACUGCUAGAUCGUGAGUUUAUUGAUGGAAGUAUCACAAAUUUGAUGAAACGGUGAAGGAGCGUAGAUCUUUUUUGGUGAUAGAUGUGUUGAUCGAAAGCAGAAAUAUUGAAGGAGAGGGCGUUGAGGUUAGAGGUGGGUAAGCGGGCUAGUGUAGAUCCGGUGAUUACUUCAUGUAGUAAGUGCCGGUAGGUCGGUGCAAGUAGGUUAAUCGCCAAGUGUCUGAAGGUGACUAAGGUUGAUUGAUAAUGGAUAAAGUUUUUAGUCAGGUGGAGAGCUGUAUCUAGAC